GAGAAAUGGAGCCCUUUCGCAAGGCUGUGCUGCCACAGAGCCUGGGCGUGACGGCGGUGCUGCUGCUGUCGCUGCGGCAUCCCUCAUCUGUCGCAGGAUCAUCGGCAUCUUUUCUCCGCCCGGCAGCCCCAUCUUUGUUACCGCGAUUGCGGCAGAGGCCAUUGGUUUCAGCACCACAACCACAAGCACCGAGGAGGCAUCAGCUGAGGAUGGCGGUGGGGACAGUGAGUCAAGAUGAGAUGAAGAAGAUUGUGGGCUACAAGGCCGUGGACGACUAUGUCAAGAGCGACAUGCUGGUGUGUAUGUGUGUGUGUGUGUGAAUGCGCCGAUCGGAUGCACACACAAAUCGAAAUAUGCGAUGCCCACUCACACACCUGUUUGUGUGUUUGGUGUGUGUUAGGUGGGUCUCGGCACCGGGUCCACGGCAGCCUUUGCUGUCGAGCGGAUCGGCGAGAAACUCAAGUCGGGCGAACUCAGGUACCUCCUAGGUCUGACAGACCGUCAACACACAUCAGACAGACAGACAGACAGACAGGCAAGUGUGUGGGCGUCUGUGUGGAUGGCCUCUGUCUGUCUGUCUGUCUGUGUCCGUGUGUCAGCAACAUUGUGGGGAUUCCGACGUCGGAGCGCACCAAGGAGCAGGCACUCUCGCUCAACAUUCCACUGGUACACACACACACGCACACCCUGAUGGAUGUGUGGACUCUCACUACCAUCGUGUAAUGCGCACAGGUGACGCUUGAUGACCGCUAUGACAUCGACGUGGCCAUCGGUACGGACAGUCACACACACGCAGAGAGAGAGAGAGGGUGGAUGUUGUGUGUGUGUGUGUGCGUGUGUGCAUUGUGUAGAUGGUGCGGAUGAGGUCGACCCAAAUCUCGAUCUAGUCAAGGGUCGUGGCGGUGCCUUGCUGCGCGAGAAGCUGGUCGAGGAGUGCGCCAAGGAGUUCGUCGUCAUCGUCGAUGAGACCAAACUCCAAAAGGGGCUCGGCGUUGACGGUACAUGAGAGCAAACAAACGAACAAACCAGGGAGAGAGGGGGAGGGGUGUGUGUGUGUGUGUGUGUUUGCUGUAGGUGCGAUGCCGGUGGAGGUCAACAAGUUCUGUUGGAAGUUCGUGAUGGACCGCAUCAAGGGGCUGCCGUCCAUCAAGGCCGUCAAGGGGUGCCGCGCUGAGCUGCGCAUGCAAGACGGCGACAAGCCAUACGAAACCGACAACCAGGUCAACACACAUUGCAGAACGCAACAGAACGCAACGCAAUGAUGGUGCACUGUAAUGUGUGUGUGUGUGUGGUGUGUUGUAUUGUGGUGUGUUGUGUGCAGAACUACAUUGUGGACCUCUACUUCGACGAGCCCCUUGCUGAUGCGAAACAGGUGUGCGCCUAAACGCACCCUCCAUCCGUCAUCCCGCCACCUCUCCCUCUCCCUGUGUGUGUAUAGGCGGCGAGUGAGUUGUUGGGCGUGACUGGUGUGGUUGAGCACGGGCUGUUCCUCAACAUGGCCACCGUCUGCCUCGUCGGCAAGCCAGACGGUACCGUCGACGCCAUCAAACGACCCUCUUAGACACACGGAGAGACAGACAGACAGACAGACACACAGACAGACAAUUGUGAAUGAAUGAAGGGAUGGAAGGAUGGAUGGAUGAAAUGAGAGGAUCUGUGCGGG